CUGCAACCUGGCUAGCCCGCAGCUCUUCGAAAGGACACCGCGGAGGGGGCACAUCCACGCUCCCACUUCCUCCAGACGCAGCCUGUGAUUGGCUCGCAGCCUUAGGAGGAACACGUGAAGCAGCGGCUGCGGCUGGCAUAAACUUGCUGACCGUCUCCGGGUAGCAUCGCACCGUACCGCGGUCAGCUCCGGACAGCCCGGCCUGCGGACGAUGAGGUCGUCGUGCGUCCUACUGGCCGCGCUGCUGGCGCUGGCCGCCUACUACGUGUACAUCCCUGUGCCCGGCGCGGUGUCCGACCCCUGGAAACUGAUGCUGCUGGACGCCACUUUCCGCGGCGCACAGCAAGUGAGUAAACUGAUCCAUUCCCUGGGACUGAGCCACCAUCUGAUCGCACUGAAUUUCAUCAUCAUCUUUUUGGGCAAGAAAAGUGCAAGGUCUUCUCCGAGAGUGAAGGUGACGGACACUGAAUUUGACGGGGUGGAAGUCCGAGUGUUCGAAGGUUCUCCGAAACCCGAUGAGCCGCUCCGGCGCAGUGUGGUCUACAUCCACGGAGGAGGUUGGGCCUUGGCAAGUGCAAAAAUCAGCUACUACGACCAGCUGUGCACAGUAAUGGCCGAGGAGCUGAACGCCGUCAUUGUUUCAAUCGAAUACAGGCUAGUCCCACAGGUUUACUUUCCCGAGCAGAUUUAUGACGUCAUCCGUGCCACAAAAUACUUCCUGCAGCCAGAAGUCUUAGACAAGUACAAGGUGGAUCCUGGCAGAGUCGGCAUCUCCGGAGACAGUGCUGGUGGGAAUUUGGCUGCUGCCCUUGGACAGCAGUUUACUUACGUUGAAAGCCUGAAAAAUAAGAUCAAACUGCAAGCGUUGAUCUACCCAGUCCUCCAGGCUCUGGACUUCAACACACCCUCUUAUCAGCAGAGCGUGAACGCGCCCAUUCUGCCGCGCCACGUCAUGGUCACGUACUGGGUAGAUUACUUCAAGGGCGACUACGACUUUGUGGAGGCAAUGAUCGUGAACAAUCACACCUCACUUGAUGUGGAAAGGGCUACCGCCCUCAGGGCCCGCCUCAACUGGACGUCCCUAUUGCCCCCGUCCAUCAGAAAGAACUACAAGCCGGUCCUACAGACCACAGGGGACGCCAGGAUCGUCCGGGAGAUCCCUCAGCUGCUGGAGCCCACGUCGUCGCCCCUCAUCGCAGACGAGGAAGUGCUUCAGGCCCUCCCGAAGACCUACAUCCUCACGUGCGAGCACGAUGUCCUGCGGGAUGAUGGCAUCAUGUACGCCAAGCGCUUGGAGAGUGUAGGUGUGAACGUGACCUUGGACCACUUCGAGGACGGCUUCCACGGCUGCAUGAUUUUUACAAGCUGGCCAACCAACUUCUCCGUGGGAAUCCGGACUAGGAAUAGUUACAUCAAAUGGCUGGAUCAAAACCUGUAACGGGGUCAUCUCCUGAGAUGCACGGAGCUGUUGAACUCCUCCGUUUGCUUUGGGAAGACCCGCACUUUUCAAUCACCCUGCACCUUCUCCCUGUUUCUCAUUAGUAGUGGACCCUACAGAUCUCACAGUAAUCCGCGUUUGAAAAGUGACUUUGGCUAACACUUUUAAGACCAUCUGAACGUGGUUUCCCACAUGGGUCAUUUUCUCUGCUCUUCUGUAGCGGAAGUGGCUACAGGUGGCUGCAGUUUGAGGAGCUAGAAAUAGCCGUAGGUCCUGCCCCUAUUGUGUUCUUUCCGGAAGCUGUUUUCCCAGCUGUGGAUGAGGUAGUGAACCUAAGCAACCUAGAACAAAAGAAAAGAAAACAAACAAACAAACAAACAAACAAAAAUCACGAGCUUUUCUUCAGUUUGCUCAGGAUGACGUGGCUGCAGAGCUGGGUCUUGGGGACCCUUGGAGGCCAGCCCUUGGGACUGCCUGUCCUCUGCCUUCCAGGAUGGUUCUGUUUCCUGUGGGAAUUUUGACAGUAUCUCUAGCAAGACAGAUUUCGUCCCAAAAGCUCAUCUUCCUCAAGAGUGUUAAUCUUAUGAGCUAAAUGCUCUAAAUUCAGUGGGGCUGAAAGCUACUUUCUAUUUCUAUUCUAAGAAAACGUGUACUGGAUAUUCCCUUGGGUAAAUCUUUUGGGAACAAACUUAUUUAAAUGUAGAGUAAGUUUCCUAUUAGGAAAUAGGUAAAGAUAGAAAAAUAACAGCCUAUUGUUACUUAAGAGUACUCCUGGCAUAAAACACUAAGAGUGGUAUGUAUAUAUUUGGGAUAGUAAGGGAAUAAAUUAUGCUUAUUAAUAGCUUAAGAUUAUGAGAAAUACCUUUAGAAAGUCUUGUCCAUUUUUGGAAGGAGGGCUAGUGCAUUCUUGAAAACUGGACUCUUUCAUUUGUAGCUGAAAAUGGGACUAUUUUGGUAGAGUGUAUUGUUUAUUUUUUAAGUUAUUAAGUGCUAAUAUAUAGCUAAACAGGGUUUUCUGAAAGACAUUAUAAAAAUUUUAAGAUAGAAGAUAUUUUUAAAAGAAACUAUCAUAGAGUUAUAUGCACAUGUAAUUUUGUGAGGAUAUGCUUAAUAACAGUAGUACCACAUGUAAGGAUCAAAUACUUUGAUAUUUAUAUGCAUAUGCAAAUUAAAAUAAUUAGAAACUUUUUACCUUGUACAGUUACCCAGGUUAUGCUGGUUGGCCAUCCCCUAAUCCAAAUCUGAACGAUUCCAAAAAGCUAGAAUUUUGAGUCUGUUCUGAUGGGGCAAGUGGAAAAUUCCAGGCCAUGAACAUUUAUCCUGUGUAUAAAAAUUUUAAAGCAGUGGUAUGAAGUUACCCUCAGGCUACGUAGAUAAAAAGCACAAAUGAAUGUCUCAAUUAGAUUUGGGUCCCAUUCGAGAGAUAUUUUAUUAUGUGUGUGCAACUGUCCCAAAGUCUAGAGAAAUCAGAACUCCUGAAACACUGGUUCCAAGCUCUUCAGAUGAGGGAUACCCAACCUAGAGUGUAAUAGCUUAGGGAAGACACACUUGCAUCUCUGCCCACAGUGGCCAGAGGGAGCCCCAGGGGAAUCCCUCUGAGUGGAGGGCAGAUGCCAACACUGCCCACUCCUUUGUUUCUCCUUCCAUUCUGGUCUAAAAGUUAUAACUGCCCAGCCUUAUCUUAAUAAAAGGUUUUCACUGCCAGUUUGGGCAUCUUGAGCAUGAUAGGGGACUCCAGAUUAGAUAUGCUCCGAGCACCCUGCCCUCCUUCCUGUCACCCCCAACUUCUGCUGAUAAUCUAUGCUUCAUUUAGGAGUUGUACAGAGAACACUCAGCUGGGUCACGGUCCAGUGCAUCCUGAAGAGAGCAGGAUCUUUCUGGGCCAGGAAGGAUGAGUGUUUCUCGUUUCCAGCAACGAGACAACAAAUGAAAACUUGGAUACUGACUUUUUCAUCUAUCGUAAAGCUACUAGACUCUUUAUGUAGAAGACAAAUGUAACAAUGUAUGUGUGUUUGUGUCUGCUGUCUGCAUAUGAAAAGAAUUGUUCAGGCUACCUUGCUGGUGUGACCAAGUCACUGUUACUGGUCUCCCUUUUGUCUAAAAUCUGAGAGCAGAAUUGCCUGAUCUUUGAGGUCUCUUCCAGUAGCAUCCCUCUGUAGGGUAAUUUUUGGUAGCUCAUAAUUCCGUCUACACUAAUCUACUCAUCUCUGAAGACUGAUUUUACUUAUAGUUUUUUUUUUUUUUUUUUUUUUUUUUUUUAUUGGCCACAUAGCAUUAGUGCCUCCACAGGGUUACUAUUGUUCACAUUUAGGAUAUAAAUUGAUGCUCAUCUUCAACUGAGGUUAUGGAGGGAAAAAACAAUCACAGGGUGUUUUUAAAUUUUUUUUUUUUAACAAGGUUUCUCUGUGUAGCCUUGGCUAUCCUGGACUCAUUUUGUAGAACAGGCUGGUCUCAAACUCACAGAGAUCCACUUGCCUCUGCCUCCGGGAGCAUUGGGAUUACAGGUGUGCGCCACUGCAUCCGACCACAGGGUGUUUUAAAACCGGAUAUUUUAGUCCUUAUUUGAGUGACAGCCAUCGUCUCAAGGUGCUGGGCAUGGAAGCCAGGGACUUACAUGCUUGGCAAGUGCUUUGCCCCUGAGUUAUACCGGAAGCUCCAUUACUGUCCUCUUCUACACCAUUUAAAGGUGUGAAAUAAUAUUUUGGAUUUAUCUACCUCUAAGAAAGAGGAAAAUGUAAUUGUUCAAAGAGUUCCUUAAAAUGGUAUUUUUCUUCCCAAACUAUGAGCCAAAUUCUACGGACAUCACAGACAGUAAAUGAUGGCAGAUGAUGGAAGCUCUCUCAAAGGUGAAAAGAGAAUGAAGGGGACACGGGCUACCACUGCAUCUAAUGAAAUACUUGAGUUUCGCUGUUCUUUGGGGUGUUAUUCUUUGGUGUGUUAUGCUCUUCAAACUGUUCUUUUUUCCGGUAUAGAACAGCUUGGUUUCAUCUUCCUGUUUUGUGAAAAGGUUUGGAAUACUGAAGGAAGUACUUGAGGUGCUUGCUGCAAAGCACUGGGAAGCAUGACUCAUCUUGGUGUUUUCAUGUUCAUUUGUGAAGACUCAAAGACUUGUAUAAUGAUGUGAAUGAAAUAUUUUGUGCAUGACCUUUUAAUCUUUGAUGUGUUGCCAGUUUCCCACUGCAAAGGGAAAGGCAGAUUUUAUGAAGAGUUUUAGGAACAAAUGCAUUUUAUAGAGUGAAAAUCCAGUAUGGUACGGGGGAAGUUUGUUUAUGUUGGAAUCUUGUUUGGAAAUAAAAUGGGUCCAUCUGGAA